ACGUUAUUCGGCAAUUUCAUCAGUCUGGCAACUCUGGCCCUAACACACACUCAGUCGCCCCCCAAAUGUAUCGGAAACAUGCAGCCGAGUUAAAAUAGUGAAAAACUAGUUAGCAAACAUAACCGAUCAGUGCGGAUAAUAAGAAUUGGCAAUUCAAAAUUAAAUGUUGCGCGCUAUCGCCCAGUCAGCUCAGAAGCAGCCGCUCCCCAACUGAGAGCACAGAGAAACCAGCUCUGGCCACUUGCUCCUCCGGAUCCGGCUCCUGCUCCUGUCCCCGAUCCCCUUCCCCACCCGCCAAAUCCAGAUCCUGCUCCAAAUGACGGACGGCGAACAGCAAGAGGCGCUGGUCAAGCGGGCCGAGGACGAGCGCGAGGACAUCUUCCGGCGCUACGAACUCGGGCUGGAUCCCAGCAAUGUGGUGGACUCCUGGGAGAAUCCCACCUUCGAGAUCUACCACAGGACAGACAAAUAUGGCUUCUUGCACGACUCGCGGCUGCCGUCGACGCGUGAUGCCCAGGAGGUGCAUCGCAACAAGAUCGAAAUGGAGCGGGACAAAAAGUGGAUGAAGAUGCUCAAUCAGUGGCCGCCGCCCCAGGAUAAGCUGCACAAGCGUGUCUACAAGGGCAUACCGGAUCGCGUGCGAAUGGUGGCCUGGAAUAAGCUGCUCGACAUCCAGAAAUCGAUAGACAACAAUGCUGGCGUCUACCUCCGAAUGCUGCAGCUGGCCAGGAAGUACUCCACGGAGACGCGUCAGAUCGAUGCCGAUGUGAAUCGUCAGUUUCGCGACAAUCUUGCCUUUCGCGAGCGCUACAGCGUAAAGCAGUGCUCGCUAUUCAAUGUGCUCAACGCCUAUAGCAUCUACAACUCGGAGCUGGGCUACUGCCAGGGCAUGGCGUGUGUGGCUGGCGUGCUGUUGCUGUAUUUGCACGAGGAGGAGGCUUUUUGGGCAUUAAAUACGCUGAUAACAGACCAAAAAUACGGCAUGCACGGACUGUUUAUCGAGGGAUUCCCGAAGCUGACGCGAUUCAUCGAUCACCACGACCGCAUCAUGUCGAAAAUAAUGCGAAAACUACACAAGCACUUUACCAAACACAACGUUGACGCCCUGCUGUACGCUAUUAAGUGGUUCUUUGUCGUCUUCGUGGAACGCGUUCCAUUCAGCUUGAGUCUGCGCGUGUGGGAUAUAUUCAUGUUAGACGGCGAUCGCGUCAUUCUGUCCAUGGCCAUCACCAUUCUGUACCUUCACAAAGACGAGCUGUUGCGCCUGAAGGACAUGGACGCUAUCAUUGAGUACUUGCAAGUACGGCUGCACAAGAACUUUGGCUACAGCGACGAUGAUGCCAUUCAGGCUCUGGAACGCGUGAUGAAGAAGCUGAAGGACCUCAAGUUAGAUGUGCCGCCGCCAGCCAAGUCAAACGAGUUCCCCACCCGCAAACUAGGCGACUUCGUGGAGGCGGAUAUGGAGAAGAAGAUCGGGCGCAGACGCAAUGAUUACACAGACGCGGAGAAGCAAGUCAUAACAGAUGUGAUAUCAAGACAAGAACAAAACGCGAUCGACGUUCAGUCCACAGUGUCCUACGAGACUUCGGAGUGCGCAACGGUUACGCUUACCGUUCCCGAGGAUUCGCACUCAAUACGAAGUUCGCUUGCAGGUACUUCAGUUGCCUCGCACGGCUCCUCGGAAACCAUGUCGCUGGAGGACAAUAACAUUCACCUGAGGACCGCCAACAUGCUGCAGAACACUCCGCAGCGCGAGAUGCUCCUGGGCACCUGACGUCAACUGCCGCCCGCGUCCAUCGCGGCGCAGGCAGCUGCAGAGAAUCGCCAAACACUCACCACAGCCACCUCUGCGGGAUUAGCAGUAGCAGGAGCAACGGGAGCUAGCCCCACAUCCUCGCCGAGAGCUACGCCCACACCGCCGCCCGUGCCGCCGAGAUCUCCGCUGUCGCUGGGAUGACUAGCAAAGCAAAAGACGGCGGCGAACCGGAGCGGGAUCACCUAGUUCCUGCUGCUAGCCGUCGUCUGCCUUUGCUUAGCCUUAAGUCUUCAAGCCCUGCCACCGCUGCAACCACUAGAGCUAGGCCUUCCAUGGGUGCAGCCAAUAGCAAUCACCAAGCUUCGAGAGAAUGAGAGCACACACACACACACACUUUGUAUAUACGCCGCGGGAAGCUUGGGGCACGACUUGGUAGUGACUUAGAUGCGCCAAAUUAAAUUUACAACAGUUACGAGUUAAACAAUUGAUAAAAGCAAUCGAGAAUUACAAAAAAUACACAGAAACUGCUAAUGGAACAAUAUUUAAGCAAGAGCAAAUCGUAUCUAAUACAACUACAAAGCGGUUAGAAGUCUAUUUAAUUGCAAAUUGAAUUCAACUCAAGCAUAUAUAUUAUAGAAAUUGUUGUAAAUUGUACUUGUAUAUACGUACCAAACAAAAUACAAAGCAACGUUAAAAAGUUACGUCCAUGAAAUGCAAACGAAUGUAAAGGCGAAAGGCAACCAAAUAUUAAUUGAAAACUAUAGAUAACAGAAUCGUACGAUUACGCUAGAUUUAUGUAUAGUUAUAUCCGCAUAGCAGUACACGACCCGAGCAAACUGACAAAUGAAUUGAGUAUUUACCAUUAAUUUCAUGAUUAAACUUUUCACAAACAUGAAUCACUAGUUUAAGUUUCUCAGCAAAAGGAAUUAUGUAUAUUUUCAUUUAAAUUAUGUUCAACAACGUCUCCAAAUAAAAUUGUCAACUGAAGCUAAGCUAA